UUCAAGUUUCAAUUCGUUUCUGCUAUCAGAAGAUAAAGAACCAAACUGUAUGUACUUCCUAUAUAGGGUUGAAGUUAAUCGGAAUAGCGCUAUCAAAGACAUUGUGUUCCUUUGAACAUUUUGGAAAUAUUAUGGAAAUCACUAGUCAUUAUUACAACAUUGUGUAUAAAAUAGCAUCACUCACCGGUAUAUGCCCAUAUCUGAAACCAAAAACAAGAAUAUUUCGUGUUACAUUUUUAACUAUGAUAUUAUUAACUAUAUUUGUUCCGCAGAUAGCGUAUCAAUUUACAUGUAAAAAAAUACAAUGUACUUAUCAAGCAAUGACAGCAUAUCUAUUAUCAAUCGUGGUUAUGCUAAAAAUAUAUACAUUUCAAAUAAACAAUCGUACAAUUAAAGACCUUACCCAACACUUGUUCUGCGACUGGAAGACAUUAGAAACUGCUGAAGAAUAUAAAAUUAUGAAAUCAUAUGCCGAAAAUAGUAGACGAUUUUCUUUGGUAUAUACAGUAUAUGUUUUUAUAGCAGUAUUUAUAUUUAUGUCAAUGUCUCUUGUACCAUAUAUACUUGAUGUUAUAUUGCCUCUGAAUGAAUCCCGUCCCGUACUACCGCCGUAUAAAGGAUACUAUUUUGUGGAUAUUAGAGAAUAUUUUUUUCAAAUUUACUGGCACUCCAUCAUAGCCUGGGAAAUAGUCGUGACUGGUGUAAUCGCCCAUGACUGCAUGUUCGUGACUUAUGUUGAACAUGUUUGCAGCAUGUUUGCUAUAGCUGGAUUUCGUUACGAACAUUUAUUUUAUAAUCAUAAAGGAAAGACAGAAAUUGCUUUAAAUGCUGACGAAUCAGACAUUGACAAGUAUGAUAAAAGAAUUGCGUUUCUUGUAUAUUCACACCGAAAAGCUCUAGAAUAUGCGCACCUUAUUGAAGAUACAUUUACCAAACCUUUCGCUUUACAAAUGUUAAUAGUAACAAUAGGAAUGAGCAUUAGCUUGCUGCAAGUAUUCGAUUGUGCGAAGUCAAAGACGAGAGGCUACUUACAAAUUAUGAACUCGACUUGGGGUCAUUAUUACAAUGUUAUUAAAAGAGUUUCAUCAUUGUCUGGUCAGUGGCCUUAUCAGAGAUCAAAAACGAGACUGUUCUGUGUGUGCUUGGUAACUCUGAGCACGAUUUCUAUGAUUAUUCCACAAAUAGCCAAAUUUACUACAUGCAAUGGAGAUUUGCAAUGUAUCUUUGAAACUAUGACAUCUUAUAUGUUGACAACAGUAACAUUGGUAAAACUGUAUACGUGCUACUUUAACCGAUCUAAAAUUAAAAUGCUAAUUGAUCGAUUAUUUGUCGAUUGGGACGAACUGGAAACACCGGAAGAGUACGAAAUUAUGAAAAAAUAUGCCGAAAAUGGCAGGCGAUAUUCCUUAGGAUAUUCCUCCGUAUGUAUAUUUAUGUGUGUGUCUCUCAUACCGCAAUUAUUGGAUGUCGUAUUACCCCUCAACGAAUCUCGUCCUAUAUUGCCAACGUAUCCGGGAUAUUAUUUCGUCGACGAGAAAAAAUAUUUUUUCUACAUUUUCUCGCAUGCUAUCGUGGCUUGGGAAAUCGCUAUGACCGGAAUAGUCACUCAUGACUGCAUGCUCCUGAUUUACGUCGAACACGUCUGCAGUAUUUUCGCUAUAGUCGGAUUUCGUUUUGAACAAUUGACGUGUAAACGCACUGAUUCUAUGAAAAUUUUACAUUCUCAAUCAAACGACAUUUCCAGACGAAUCGCAUUCUCGGUGCACACGCAUCGAAAAGCUUUAAGAUUUGCCGAGCUUAUAGAAGAUAUCUUUUCACUUACACUGGCUAUACAAUUAGCGUUGAACACGGUAAUGAUCAGCAUUACUCUGUUACAAAUUACGCAACAAGACAGUGAUAUUUUAGAAUCACUGAGAUAUGUAUUGUACGUAGUUGCUCAACUGAUUCAUCUAUUCUGCCUCAGUUUCGAGGGACAGAAACUGAUAGAUCAUAGUCUUCAAACGCGUGACAAGAUCUACAAUAGUUUUUGGUAUGAAACAUCCGCGAAGUCGCAAAAAAUGCUUCUAUUCGUGAUGCGAAAGAGUCUUCGACCUAUUUUUCUGAGUGCCGGCAAGAUUUAUAUUUUCUCAAUGGAGAGCUUCACCACGAUUAUGACCUCUACAUGGAGUCAUUAUUACAGUGUUGUUAAAAAAGUAUCGUCAUUAGCCGGUCAGUGGCCUUAUCAGAAACCAAAAACAAGACUAUUCUGUAUCAGCGUAGUGACUUUGACCACCUUUUCCAUGAUUGUUCCACAGAUUAAAAUUCUGAUUGAUCAAUUAUACGUUGAAUGGGACGAUUUGCAAACCCCAGAAGAGUUCGAAAUUAUGAAGAAAUAUGCUGAGAAGGGCAGACGUUAUUCUUUGGGAUACUCGCUGUAUUGCUUCAUCUCUGUAUAUCUGUUCAUGUCCGUGUCUCUCGUACCGCAAUUAUUAGAUGUCGUACUACCACUCAACGAAUCUCGUCCUAUAUUGCCGGCUCAUCCAGGCUACUACUUUGUUGACGAGAAAAAAUAUUUUUACUACAUCUUCUCGCAUGCUAUCGUGGCAUGGAAAGUCGCUAUGACCGGGAUAGUCGCCCACGAUUGCCUGCUCCUGACUUACGUCGAACACGUCUGCAGUAUUUUUGCCAUAAGCGGUUUUCGAUUCGAACAAGUAAUGCGUAAGAGCGCUAAUUCCGUAACAAUCUUACAUUCUGACAAUUCUUGCAAACAAAUUGAAUUCUCGGUGCACACACAUCGGAAGGCUUUAAAAUCCGCCCAGCUUAUUGAAGAUAUAUUUUCGUUGACUCUGGCUAUACAAAUAACGCUGAAUACAGUAAUGAUUAGCAUUACUUUAUUACAAAUUACGCAGGAGAACGCCAACAUCUUGAUAAUUUUGAGGUACAUAGUGUAUGUUCUCGCUCAGCUGAUCCAUUUAUUCUGCCUCAGUUUCGAGGGACAAAAGCUGAUAGAUCACAGUCUUAAAACGCGCGACACGAUCUAUAACAGCCCUUGGUACGAAGCACCUACGAAAUCUCAAAAAAUGCUUCUAUUCGUGAUGCGGAAAAGUCUCCAGCCGAUUUCCUUAAGUGCUGGCAAGAUUUAUAUUUUCUCGUUGGAGAACUUUACCACGGUAAAGAUUAUAAUAAACUUUAUAAGAUUACAACGCAACGAACUCGUAAAACAAUUUAGUAAUACUAGUUCUUGUUUUAAAGAUCGUGCAAACUUCGAUGUCAUACUUCACGGUGCUUUCGUCUUUGGAAUAAUUAAACAAGGAUCGAUAUCUAUUGACUUGUAUUCAUGAUCCAUUCUUAUAUUUAAGAUCAUCUUAACUACGAUCGUAAAAUGCUGUAUAAUCAUUCUAUGGCUAGAAUUUUAAGGCGAUCUUAAAUAUAAGAAUAAACUAUUUAAUACGGUAAUCUUGUGCAUCCAAUCACGAUAUUGUUUAAUUCUUCUGUGACAAUAAGACAUGAUUAUUAUGCGUGAAUAACAUUUAUACAAUGUUAUAACAUGUAACUUGUUUAUCUCCAUGCAUAUAUAAAAAAAAAAAAUUGUAUUGUGCGAAAAUAUUUAU